CCUAAAUUUUUCUUACUUUCAUUCUGGAAAGGCCAGUUUGCUAAGCUAAAACGUAGUGAGGCUAGGCUUGGUUGGCACUGCCACUGGUUGACAACCGCCUGCCGCUGUCUGAACACGGAGAGGGAGAGGAAGUGGCGUAAAAAAAAUGACAUUAGAUGAAGAGCAGCCAACUGGGUCUAAGCCCACAGUUACUGAAGGACCUUCAAUUCAUCGUGUAAUGGAAGCACCGUUGUGCCAACAAUGUCAACGUUUACAGCUAUCGUUCUUUGAUCCUCAUUGCCCCGGUUGUCAUAAAAUCCUUGUUGACCCAAACACAGAAAUCGCUGAGAUAUUUGCCAUCAUUCGGCAAUGGGUACCACAGGUCCAGCAGAACAUACACUUAUUUGGUGAACAGAUUCUCCAAAGAGGGGCACAUGUUGACGACCGUGACGGUCUAACUGACAUGACCCUGCUCCAGUACACAUGCAAAUCAGCUGCAGCCGGUGUGGGUGAUGUCGCAAACUCUGUCCGCUUUUGCACGUUGUUGUUGAGUAAAGGUGCGGACAUCGGAAUAAGAUGCCAUUGGACACACAUGACUUCACUUCAUUAUGCCGUUUAUUUUGAUGUGAUACCUAUCAUCCUAUUACUGCUAAAAGCAUCGAAUACAAAAGAUAUUGAUAGCCGCUGUAGAGAGUAUGAUAAUGGAACUUGCCUUCACUUAGCAGCAAGCAACAGCUGCUAUGAGGCAGCGAAGUGCCUAUUGCAGCACGGUGCCAACGCAACCCUAAAAGAUGAGCUUGGCCGUACCCCUAUUGAGUGCAUCCCGGACCCGGACUCACUGAGCGACAAUAAAGAACUUGCCGGCAAUGCUUUACGACUGAUACACUUGCUACAAUCAGACUCGGAGUUCAGCAUUCCCAAGUAUACGUUGCCAUCGUAUGAAAGCGUACCAAGCAAAGUUCUUUUGGCCUCGCUUGGGCUCAACAUUGGAGAUAAAGUUACCAUUGGAGGAUCAAAGAUUGGUGUACUGCGUUAUUGUGGAACGACUCAGUUUGCUCCUGGAAUCUGGGCCGGAAUUGAGAUGGAAGGUCCAGAAGGAAAGAACGAUGGAAGCGUGGGCGGCAUAGCCUACUUUUCAUGUCCACCAAAACAUGGAAUCUUUGUUCCAAAGUCCAAGAUUGACCAAAUAAAUAAAUCGUCUAAAAUCCCUCGAUUGAAAUUACCUAAACCACCUGUGAAACCAAAAUCAGGUGUGUUUGCUCCAAUGAGUAAAGUGUCAAAACCAGGAACAUCUUCCAAACCAUCAACCCCAAGGUUCAACGUCGGCAACAUCAAUUAUGCUAAGGUGGAUGUAUCCAGGGUGGCCUCUAAGAUUGACACAGGUCGUAAGAACCGUUCUCCUUCCAUUACAAGUUCUUGCGCAGACGAAAUGGAUGUUGGUGAACGGGUCAUUGUUGCAGGUCAAAGAGUAGGGGUCGUGCGAUUUUGUGGCGAGACUAUGUUUGCACCAGGUGUCUGGUAUGGAAUAGAAUUAGAUAAGGCACUCGGUAAGAAUGACGGAACAGUGUCGGGUCAACGGUACUUCAAUUGUAAACCGAAACAUGGCGUAUUUGCACCACCAUCUAGAGUAACACGAAUGAAUGGUUCCCUGGCAGGGUCAGUAGAAUCUCUUCCAUAUGCAGCUAGUGACAUGAAUAGCACUUUUCCAGCCCUAGGUUUGCGUAAAAUAGCCAGUUCACAGAUGAGCACCAGCAUGAAGAGC